CCAACACGUAGGGUUUUACUUCACUCUAGUGUUUUACGGCGGCGAUCGGCGAUGGCGGAAGCUUGGGAGCGAGCAGUGGCGGCAGCGCUCAAGGGGCAGGCGGAGCCGCCUCGGGCCCUCACCCUCGACAGCGCCCUGAAGUGUCCCGACGGCCGCCUCCCGCCGUCUUCACUUUUCGAGGGCAAGCUCGCCGCGCUGGAGCACCUCUCCGUCGCCAACAUUCGCCUCUCCUCCCUCGAGGGAUUCCCACACCUCCCUUCCCUCCGUCGGCUCGUCCUAUCCGAUAACCGCAUCGCUAGCGGUCUCGCCGCGCUGGUGGAAGCAGGCCUCAACGCGCUCUGCGACCUCGACCUCUCCAACAACCGCAUCGCGUCGAUCGAGGACCUUGCCCAGCUGGCAAAACUGCGCCUCGAGUCGCUGGACCUCUACGAGUGCCCUGUGACCAAGAUCGAGGGAUACCGUUCCAAGGUUUUUGGAAUGAUCCCUUCCCUUAAGUAUUUGGAUAAAGUGGACAAGGAUGGGAAUGAAAGGCCGGAGACAGACGAUGAGGAGGAAGAAGAGGAGGAUGAGGAGGAUGUAGCGGAGGAAGAAAAUGAUAAUGAGGAAGAAGUAGAAGAUGAGGAAGAUGAAGAAGAAGAAGAAGAAGAAGAAGAAGAAGAAGAGGGUGAGGAAGAUGAUGAGGAGGGUGAGGAAGAAGAAGAAGCAGAAGAAAUGGAGGACAAUGCGACCGAUCAUUCUUCAAACCGAGCAGCAAAGCUCAGACACGAGAAUGGAGAAUCGAAAAAUGUGUCCAAGGAUGAUCAACCAGAACAACAGAAAAAAAGCAUCAUCAGCAAGAGGAAAAGGGUGGGAGAUGAGCAGGCAUAAAAAAAAUUAUUCAACCUUCAAGGAUAUUGGAUGAUGUUUGAAAAAACAAUCAUACGGGAGUUAGAUCAAUGAGGUUUACGGAUUCAUUUUGAAUCGGGAGAAAUGUGAAUGCGAAGCUUCCAUCCCUAGUGCUAGAAGGUUGGUCUUUUUUCAACGAGCAUGUUUCCGUCAACAACUACUCUAGUGUAGUAAAACCUGGUAAAAUGGAAGUGGCAUUUCUAACUUCCCUUUUGU